GCCUGUUGCUGAUGCUGCUGCACGGCAUUCAUCAUGGAGCUGGGGCGGUGUUCUUACCCCGUCCCGCGCCUGCUGCUGCUGCUGCUGCUGCUGCUCAGCCUUAACGGAGGAGCUGUCCUCAGCUGGCCCACGGAAGAGGGCAAGGAAGUAUGGGAUUAUGUGACAGUCCGCAAGGAUGCCCACAUGUUCUGGUGGCUCUAUUAUGCCACCAACCCCUGCAAGAACUUCUCGGAACUGCCCCUGGUCAUGUGGCUUCAGGGGGGUCCAGGAGGUUCCAGCACUGGAUUUGGAAACUUUGAAGAAAUUGGGCCCCUUGACAGUAAUCUCCAACCGCGAAAUACCACCUGGCUCCAGUCUGCCAGUCUCCUGUUUGUGGACAAUCCUGUGGGCACUGGGUUCAGUUAUGUGAACACGAGUGAUGCGUACACCAGAAACCUUGACAUGGUGGCUUCAGACAUGAUGGUUCUCCUGAGAACGUUCUUUGACUGCCACAAAGAAUUCCAGAUGAUUCCAUUCUACGUUUUCUCAGAGUCCUAUGGAGGGAAAAUGGCUGCUGGCAUUGGUCUAGAGCUUCAUAAGGCCCUUCAGGAAGGGAGCAUCAAGUGCAACUUUGCUGGAGUUGCACUGGGUGAUUCCUGGAUCUCACCUGUUGAUUCGGUGCUUUCCUGGGGACCCUACCUGUACAGCAUGUCUCUCCUGGACGACCAAGGUCUGGCUGAGGUAGCCAAGGUUGCAGAGCAAGUCCUGAACGCUGUAAACAAGGGCGACUACAUGGAGGCCACCCGGCUGUGGGGGGAAGCAGAAAUGGUCAUUGAGCAGAACACAGAUGGAGUAAACUUCUAUAACAUCUUAACUAAAAAUACUACAGUGCCUGCAAAGGAGUCGAGCCUGGAAUUCACCCAGAGCCAUCUAGUUCAUCUUUGUCAGCGCCACAUGAGACACCUACAACAAGAUGCCUUGAGUCAGCUCAUGAACGGCCCCAUCAAAAAGAAGCUCAAAAUUAUUCCUGAGGAUUACUCCUGGGGAGCCCAGGCUACAAACGUCUUUAUGAACAUGGAGGGAGACUUCAUGAAGCCAGUUACCAGCAUUGUGGACGAGUUGCUGGAAGCCGGGGUCAGUGUGACCGUGUAUAACGGACAGCUCGAUCUCAUCGUGGACACCAUAGGUCAGGAGGCUUGGGUGCGGAAACUCAAGUGGCCAGAACUGUCCACGUUCAAUCAGCUGAAGUGGAAAGCCCUGUACAUCGACCCAAGAUCUUCUGAAACGUCUGCCUUUGUCAAGUCCUACAAGAACCUGGCUUUCUACUGGAUUCUAAGAGCGGGACACAUGGUUCCUGCUGACCAGGGAGCUAUGGCUCUGAAAAUGAUGCGACUGGUGACUCAGCAAGAAUAGACUGGACUGGCCUGGAGAUGAGCUGGCUUGUCCUUGAGGCACAAGAGCUGAACCAAGGACCCUGGAAGCUGUAGGAAGCCCCAUUCUUCCCUGAACCUGACUUUCUGAGCUGUGAUUGUGAAGGUUCCUGCCAGCCACCGCAGAGGGCAAAAUCUUUGCAUCUGUGGCCAGUUGGAAAGCAUUUCUGCUGCAUAGAAAACCUAAGAUUUCUUAAAUGGAUUUGUUUUAAUCAAAACAAAGGGUUGUAAUGGAUUAACUUUUUCUCAUUACGAAAGCAAAUCAUGUGAAUUGUAGAAAAAGUGGGAAAUACAGGUAAGUAAAGAACAAAAUAAACACCUAUAUCCCCUUCCCAGGGAUAAGCACUGUUCCCCCUUUCAUGGAUAUCCUUGCAGGUUUUUUUUGCUAUAUACCAUACAUAUAUAUUUUUUACAAAAAUGGAAUCAUUUACUGUAUAUGUCAUUUUACUGUCUAAUUUGUUCCCAUAUCAGUAUGUCCUAAACACCUUUUCAUGUCAAUAAAUUUUCUUCUGUAACAUU